CAUUCUUUAUGAUCCUUUCUCUUCUUUUACAACUUACAGCUUACGACUUUCAAUAAGAAUAAGAUUAGGACAAGAACAAGAAUAAGAACAACUACUAUUCGAAUUACUAUUGUUGCUACAAUUGUUACUGUUACUACUCUUUCUUCUUCUUCAUUUUUUUUCCUUACUUCAUUCUACGUCUUCUACGCCUUCCACCUUCUUUUACACCUCUUUAUUUUUUUAUUUUUUAAAAUAAAGAAAAUAUGGCAAGAUACCAUUACUUUUGUCAUAUAUUGGCCCUUGUUUUAUUUGCAGCAUUUGUACAAGCUCAAGAAACUUCAAGUGAAGCACCCGAUAGCGAAAUCGAUGAAGACGACGAAUGUGCAGCUUCAAUUAUUGGAGACUACAAUAUGUCAUUGCGUAUUGGCUCUCUCUUUAUCAUCAUGGGCACUAGUGCAAUAGGCGUAUUUACACCAGUGAUCAUUCAUCGCAUCAGACCUUACGACCAUGGAAGUAUUCGUGAUUGGAUUCUUACCAUUGGAAAAUUUUUCGGAACAGGAGUGAUCUUGGCUACUGCAUUUAUUCACAUGUUACCGGAGGCCCUGAGCAAUUUUGACAGCCCAUGUUUGAGCGAAGGGUGGAAAUCAUACGGCGCAUUUGCCGGUGUAUUUUGUAUGAUUUCUUCUUUCGCACUCCAGUUACUCGAACUCGCCGCCGUUUCGAACCUCGAUCGGAUUUAUGCAAAAAGACAGGCCCAACGCGAUACCCUAGAUAUCGAAAAGACCGAAGUUUGUAGCACAGCCAUCCUCGGCUCUGAUUCUUCACAACAGUCGACUACCAAAGACAUUGACGAAAGAUUAACCAAAAAAGGUGGAUUUGGUUAUGGCAUUGGUGGUGGUGCUGCCAGUAGUGGGAAUAGAAGUAAUGAUAUUGGCAACGGUGGGCAUGGACACAGCCAUGAAAUCGGUCAUGUACACAGCGCAGGACUAUUGGAGGACGACGACCAAUCGUUUCGUAACAUCGGCACCCUUAUGCUUGAACUUGGUAUUGUGAUGCACUCCAUAAUCAUCGGAAUAACACUGGCCAAUACCGGCAAUGAUGAAUUCAUCACUCUAUUGAUCGCACUCGUCUUUCAUCAGUUCUUUGAAGGUGUCGCUCUUGGAACGCGUAUCAACGACAUGAACCAUUCCAACUGGAUCAAACCUGUUUUGAUGGGUGGUCUUUUUAUGAUCAUGACCCCUAUUGGCGUGGCAAUCGGUAUCGGAAUCCAUUCUUCUUUCAACGCCAACUCUUCGUCUUCAGUUCUUGCCAGUGCCAUCCUCGAUUCUCUUUCGGCUGGAAUUCUGUUGUACAAUGCUUAUGUGUCGCUCAUGAGCCUAGAAAUCAACCACAAUGUCGAAUUCCGUAGAGCUCCUUUUGUGCGCAAGGCCGUCUGUUUCCUGUCGAUGUACGUUGGCGCUGCAAUCAUGGCGCUCAUUGGCAAAUGGGCAUAGACAACUCCAUCAGCGAAAAGAAAGAAUGAACAGAAAACACCAGCAACAAAACACACAAACCAUUCCAUAUAUUCACCUACUCUUCUUCAUCUUUUCUUACAUGCACAUUACCCCUUUCCUCCCCACAGCCUGUCAUAUAUGUAUAUGGCUAUCUUUGGGCUUGUUUAUCAUACAUACAUACAUACAUACAUACAUAGUCACAUCAAUUCAUCUACCCACUCAUACACCCAUUCAGUUAUUUAGUUCUAUUUCUAUUUCUGUUCUUACCUUGCCUUGUAAUUUUCAUCAUGGUUAUACUCUUUGUAUACUAGAGUUUAUUGUAUUAACUGUACCAUAGUAUCAUAUCUUUUUCUUUCUUUCCUUCAGCCAUUCAUAUCAAUUCAUUCAUAUUUACAUCAUGUAUUCUGUCCAUUAUUUCCUAAGAAGAAGUAGAAUAAUAAAAACACUUGCUCACCAUAUAUAAAAUAAAAUAAAGUCUUUGAUUAUUCGAUUUAA